AUGACAUCCUGUUCAACGCAAAGCACCGAUAGCCAGAUGCGGAAGCAUGGCGUGGGCUACCUCCCCAUCGAAAACUAUGGCUUGAUCGGCAACAUGCGGACUUGUGCUUUGGUGGGCAUGGACGGAAGUGUUGAUUUCAUGUGUUGGCCCGAGUUCGACUCGCCGUCUGUCUUCUGCCGUCUCCUGGACAAGGACAAGGGAGGCUACUUUAGCAUCCACCCGGCUGCGCACCUCAGUUGCACCACCAAGCAGCAGUACCUCCCGUCCUCAAACAUCCUCCAAACGCGGUAUAUCCACGAGGAUGGCGUGGUUGACGUCGUCGACUUCUUCCCGCGGCCCAAGAAUGCCAAAGUCGUCUUCAAGGGGCCGAAGCAGAGCGCAUUCCGCGAAAUGACCAGCGUGCAGGAGGAGCUCAAGCAGUGGCUGGUCCGCCGCGUCGAGUGCAUCCGCGGCUGCAUGCAGAUGGACGUCGAGAUCUUCCCCGCCUUUGAGUACGCGACGGAACCGCACACCACAACCAUCCUGCAGGAGCAGGGGAUUCCGCACAGCACCCAGAGCAAGACGGUCACCUUCCACAGCAAAACCACCAAGCUGCAGCUCGACGUCAGCAUUGACAAGGGCGAGGACGACCACGACAGCUGUCCCACCGUCCGUUUCAAGACGGUGAAGAAGCCCGGCAUGCUGGGCGACGGCGUCGUGGCCAACGUGAGCAUCUGCGAGGGCCAGGCCGUGUCCUUUGUCAUCCGCAACGACGUUCCCAACCACGUCACGGCGAACAUCACCAGCACUGUCCUCGACACCCAGCAGCACGACACACAGACAUACUGGUACAACUGGAUCUCCAGGAGCAGGUACAAGGGCCGCUGGCGCGAGGUCGUGUCGCGCAGCCUCAUGAUCCUGAAGCUGAUGACGUAUGAGCCGACGGGCGCCAUCAUUGCCGCUCCGACCUUUUCCAUCCCCGAGGACAUCGGCGGCGUUCGGCCAUGGGCAAGCAACUGGGACUACCGCUUCUCGUGGGUCCGCGACGCGAGCUUCACCAUCUACAUCCUGCUGCGGCUCGGCUUCACCGAGGAGGCCGACGCCUACAUGAACUUCAUCAGCGAGCGCUUCCAGAGGUCGCGCGUCGCCGACGGCGGACUGCCCAUCAUGUUCACCAUCCGCGGCGAGACCGACAUCCCCGAGCGCGAGCUCACCCACCUGGACGGCUACCGGGGCAGCAAGCCCGUGCGCAUCGGCAACGGCGCCGCCUUCCACCAGCAGUUCGACAUCUACGGCGAGCUCAUGGACGCCAUCUACCUGUACAACAAGUACGGCAAGCCGAUCCACUGGGAUCUGUGGUGCGCCGUGCGCGAGAUGCUCGACUACGUGCUCACCAUCAUGCACCAGCCGGACAUGUCCAUCUGGGAGGUGCGCAACAACAAGCAGAACUUCACCUAUUCCAAGAUCAUGCUGUGGGUGGCUUUCGACCGGGGCCUGCGGCUGGCCGAGAAGCGCAACUUCCCCUGUCCGAACCGCGCCCGGUGGCUCGAGGCGCGGGACGGCCUGUACGAGGAGAUCAUGGAAAAGGGGUACAACAAGGAGAUGAAAUGCUUCAUCCAGAGCUACGAGAACAACACCAUGCUGGACUCGUCGAUACUGAUCGCCCCGCUGGUGUUCUUCAUCGCGCCGAACGACCCCCGGUUUGUCAACACCAUGGACCGCAUUAUGUUGCCGCCGGAGAAGGGCGGGCUGACAAGCACGGGGUUGGUGUAUCGGUACAACACGGAGCUCUCGGAAGAUGGUGUAGGCGGCCGCGAGGGCGCCUUCAGCAUGUGCACCUUCUGGCUGGUAGAAGCCAUGACGCGGGCGUCGGUCUACGAGCCCAAAUAUCUGGUACGGGCAAUCAACCUGUUUGAGAACAUGCUCAGCUUCUCGAACCACCUGAUGAUGUUCUCCGAGGAGAUAUCACGCAGCGGCGAGCAGCUGGGGAACACCCCGCAGGCAUUUAGCCAUCUGGCCCUGAUCAGCGCCGCUUUCAACUUGGAUCGCGUGUCGGAGCAUAGAUAG